UCCUUUGCGCAUUACAAGUGCAUAUACCCCGCGUUGAUUCUGUGAGCAGGCUUGUUUGCUCGCGUUUUCUAAGCCAAAAUGACUAAAAGAUCUUAUCCUUUCGCUGAAUCAUUUUCGUCGCAGUAUAAAAUUCACGUUGGUCAAAAGGAGAUUAGCCAUCACGGUGUAUUUGGCAACAAGUACAGACAAGACGUUUACGAAAAGACAAAGAACCUGCUGUUUAAUGGUACCAAAGUGGUGAUGGGGAAACUCUGGAAUGUAGAUGCAGAGAAGUGCUCAACAAUAGAGGCAUCAGGGCCAGGUGUGACACCAGAGGCAAGCCAGCCACUACUGCGGGGACAGACCCUGAUUGGACAAGAUGGCAGACUGCAGAGAAGUACACCUGUUCAAGGGGCAGCAUGUGCUCCAGUAGGGUGCUGUGUGUGUCAGAAGACCCAGGGGACCAGGAGACCAUGCCGCCAGUGUGACCGCCCAGUGUGUCCCCCCUGCACCCAGCACUGCUCCAGCUGCUCCAGUCCGUGCUGCUUGUUCUGCACGGUCAUAGAUUACAGUGGCCAGUAUGACCAAGUGCUGUGCUGUGGCUGCUCACCAUGAAUUCCCCCCUGGACAUGGAGGACAGCAAGGAUUGCUUGAAGUGAAUACGUUUUAGUCUUUUUACAUGAACCUUUUAACUAAAAUUGGGUAUUUGCUUUUUUCCUAACAUUGACCAUGAUCCAAAUGUAUGUUUGUAUAUAUGUAUAAUGUAUUUUUACAGUUUGUGAAAUAAAUACUGAAGCUUUAUCUAUCUUGUCA